AAAACCCAACGUAUCUCCCAUUCAUAUUCCUACCCGAAGUCGGCUUCUGUUAAAACAAAUUCAACAAAACCUUGAAAAACUAGAAAGGAGUGACGGUGAUAAGAGCGGCAACACCGUGAUGGCGUUGCUAACAACAGCUACACUGACUAAACUCCCUUUGAGUCUUUCCUCAUCGUUUCCGUCUUCCAAUAGUUCUACUUCGACUUCGACUUCGACUUCAAGCUCUAGUAUUAAAUUUCAACAUCAGACACAUAAUUUUCGCUCUUCAUAUCUCGGGCCGUCGCCGGCUUUUCGUCGAAAUCCGAUAACGAUAAUUCCUCGUACGAGCUACAACGUAGGGAAGAGACAUGUUGUUUGCAUGGCUCCCGAGGAAGAGAAAAUGACUCGCCGCUCUCCUCUCGAUUUCCCCAUUGAAUGGGAGAGGCCCAAACCUGGGCGAAGACCUGAUAUUUUUCCCCAAUUCAGCCCAAUGAAAACACCAUUACCUAUACCAAUGCCAGCCGAUCCUCCUGAGGAAGAAGAGGAAGAGGAAGAAAAGAAAGAGGAAGAAGAAGAAGACCCUGAAAAGGUAGAAGAACCCGAAAACCCAGAGAAGCAAUAAUGGAGAAAUUCAAGUUCUUUGAUCACCUUAAAAUUUUGCUUUGACUUGAUAUAAGCUGGUACUGCCGAUAUCCAAGCAUAUAGACGCUGAUGCAGAAGGCUGAGCGUGGUUUAGCUGUUCUCGGGUUGAUAAAUGCACUUUGAAAAUUUGGGGUUGUAUGAUUCUGUAGCCAGUUUUGUUAGAUAAAGAAGAUUAGAUAUGGUUUCUGUUUUGGUGGUAUAAAGUUUUAAUGUUUGUUAAUUCUUA